AUGCCUUUGACUACCAAACCACUAUCUUUGAAAGUUAACGCCGCUUUGUUCGACGUCGAUGGUACUAUCAUUAUCUCUCAACCAGCUAUCGCUGCUUUCUGGAGAGAUUUCGGUAAGGACAAGCCAUACUUUGACGCUGAGCACGUUAUCAACAUUUCUCACGGUUGGAGAACUUACGAUGCUAUCGCUAAGUUUGCUCCAGACUACGCCGAUGAGGACUACGUUACUAAGCUAGAAGGUGAAAUUCCAGAAAAAUACGGUCAACACUCUAUUGAGGUUCCAGGUGCUGUUAAGUUGUGUGGUGAAUUGAACGCUUUGCCAAAGGAAAAAUGGGCUGUUGCUACUUCUGGUACCCGUGAUAUGGCUCGUAAAUGGUUCGAUAUCUUGCACAUCAAGAGACCAGAGUACUUCAUCACUGCCAAUGACGUUAAGCAAGGUAAGCCAUACCCAGAACCAUACUUGAAGGGUAGAGAUGGUCUAGGUUUCCCAAUCAACAAGGAGGACCCAUCUAAGAGCAAGGUUGUUGUCUUUGAAGAUGCUCCAGCUGGUAUUGCUGCCGGUAAGGCCGCUGGCUGUAAGAUCAUCGGUAUCGCUACUACUUUUGACAAGGAAUUCUUGAUCGAAAAGGGUUGUGAUAUCAUUGUCAAGAACCACGAGUCCAUUGAAGUUGGUGGUUACAACGCCGAGACCGAUGAGGUUGAAUUUGUCUUCAAGGACUACUUGUACGCCAAGGACGACUUGCUAAAAUGGUAA